AUGAAGACGUCAACAGCUGUCAUAUUGCUGAUACACUUAUCCCUUCAUACAGUUGAUGAAGGACUUGCAAUAAAUCCGAGUUGCCUUUGUAUACGAUUUUCAUCGACUUACGGCAAGGAACGAGGAACGUUCAGUAGUCCAGAUUAUCCUCAACCAUAUUCCAAGCAUUCUACAUGUCUGAUAUAUACAUUCAUCGCGUCUUCACAUCAAAUCGUCGAGUUACUUUUUACUGACUUCGACAUAUAUAAGGAGCACCUCGAUUGCACGCGAGGUGAUUUCUUAAAAGUAUACUCUGAAGGUGGCGUUCACGGGCCUGGUCCUCCCGAUGUCAAUGAAUACUCCAUCUGGUCCCGUGUGCUGUGCGGAAGUAGAGUCGACGCACCUCCUGCCCUUUAUUCACACGGACCAGUUUUAAUACUUGAACUUAAUUUAGGAGGAAAAAUAUCUAACGCAACUGGAUUCAUUGGAACAUAUAAGUUCAUUGACAGAAAAAACUUUGAGACCGAUGGCGUCCAAGUUCAAGGCACGCUGUGUGAUUAUGUAUUCGAUUCUCAUCCGAACAAACCAACAUACGGGCGCCUGUACAGCCCUAGAUAUCCCUCAAGUUAUCCAAGCAACAUUCGUUGCACGUAUCAUUUACAUGCAAGGAAAAAUGAAAGAAUAAAGUUAGUAUUUGAGGAAUCUUUUUUACAGAAAGGUGAUGAGAGUUGUCUUAACCGUGCUGAUGUGAUUAAAGUAUAUGAUGGAAAAUCUUCGGCAGCUCCCGUCCUAACGAUUAUUUGUAACGAAGUUAUCGGAUAUGAAGUUCUUUCUACUGGUUCAGCACUCUUGGUACAAUUUACGGCCAAUUCAAAUACCCCCGGACAAGGAUUUAAAGCAAGAUAUCAGUUUCAAAUGGAGGACAAUAUAAAUGCAGAAGCAGAUACGUUAAAAAAGAGUACAGCUGAAUCAGUGUCUUCAUUUGGACCUGCGGUUAGCGCUGCAACUUCUUCCUGUCAUCGAGUGUUGAGUAGUAAUAAAAAUAAAAAUGGAACAUUAACUUCGCCCAUGUAUCCCCUGCCGUAUUCACAAAAAACACAAUGUCAUUAUGAUUUUCUGGGCAGAGGUCGUGAAAGAGUGAGAUUAGUUUUUGAAGAUUUUAGCUUGCAAAGAUUCACAGGAAAUAUAAUAGACUGUGAAAACACGGAUUCAAUAGAUAUAUUUUUGUAUGUAGACGGACGAUUAGAAAAAAUGGUAUCGUUAUGUGGAAAUGAUUUACCAAAACCAAUAAUGUCAAAUGGACCUAAACUGUCCAUGGUGUUCCGAGGAAUUUACUCCUCGAGGACUAGCAGGGGAUUUAAAAUAUCUUAUGCUUUUCUUGAAGACUAUGCAGUCACCUCAGGAAAACAACUGAAGGAAUUUCCUUGUGCUUUUGUAUACAACAGUAGCGAGAGUGAAAGAGGUGUUGUGAUGUCACCUAACUAUCCAGGUGUUUAUCCACGUGAUACAGAAUGUAAUUACUUUUUCUACGGCAAUCAAGAUGAGAAGGUGCGACUACAUUUCACACAUUUUGAUGUGGAGGGAGUAAUACCAUGUGAAGUUGUUUCUGCAAGUGACUACGUGCAAUUUUAUAAUCAGAUAUUAGAUUCGCAAAGUCCAAGAUAUUGUGGACAGUUAAAAGAAUUUUAUAUAACGUCGGAUAAAAGUUUUCUUAGAAUUACUUUCAAAUCUAACGAUCGACUGGAUGCCACGGGAUUUAAAGGAGAUUAUAUAUUUUUGAGAGAUACUGAAAUGCAUAGUAUCACAAUGCCUGAAUAUGGAGAUAGUGGUUCAUUGGCCUUCAAAACCAUGUCCUGGAAGUUGAAGAUUGUAAUAACAAUAUUGAUAUUACUGAGUGCAAGGCACUAA